AUGGGUAAGCGUAGAUUCAACGAAAAAGGUCGCCGAAAAGUAGAAACCGUCAUCGAUGAUACGGAAACCAAAAAGAUCAAACUAGAUUUGGCACCCAGUGGGGAGUACGGUGCGCCGGACGAUGCAAAUGCGUUGGUGCUUCCCUCCAAAAAGCGUGCCACUAGAAUCAAACGGGAUCACACAGUGGUGACAAAGAUCCUGUCGAAAAAGCAACGCAAACGGUUGGAGAAGAUUGUCGAUCAGAAAAAGAAAAAAGAGAACCGAUCUUCGCUCAUCGAAUCGCUGGUGGCCGUGCAAGCCACGACGGAGGAACUGAAUAGUUUUCAAAAGCUGAGUGAUGUGCAGACGAAGGGUUUGAAGCAACAUUUCAAGGAACAAAAGUACGGUGUUACCUUGGCGGAGAAACCUGUCGUCAACCGGAAACAGCAGGGUGAGACCAAGAUUAGAAGUCUGGUGGGCAGCCGGCGAAAGCGUUUGGCAUUAUUACGUCAAGCCGAUCCAUCAUCGGCAGACGAACAGGGCGAUGAAAGCGAACGCGACCCCAACAUAGCGGGGCUGUACGAAUCGUCCUCGGAGACAUCCUCUAGCGAAGAGGAAUCGGAAUCAAAUACCGAGCCAACGACGAUGGAUGAAACGACAAACGUAGAUGAUGGGAGUAGUUGCCCACAAGCGACAGGGACUGAUGCUGCAAAGAAUGAGCCUCCAGCCGAUCCUGAAGGUGCUACAACAAAUGGUGUAGCGGAAAAGCACAGCGACACGGUUCCAACGAGCGACGCGAAGCCUGUUGUGGUGGAUCGCAAACCUGCCACGUACGUGCAUGUUGAGCGGGAUCCAAAAAUUCAAGCCGCCCGCCUGAAGCUACCGAUUCUGGGCGAAGAACAAGUCAUAAUGGAGACGAUAAGCGACAACAAAAUAACGAUCGUUGCAGGUGAAACGGGAAGCGGAAAAACGACACAAAUUCCGCAGUUUCUGUACGAGGCGGGGUACGGCGAACGGGGGUUGAUUGGUAUUACGGAACCGCGCCGCGUGGCUGCCGUCGCCAUGUCGAAGCGUGUCGCAGUGGAGAUGAACCUAUCGACGGACAUCGUUUCGUACCUGAUCCGUUACGAAGGCAAUGUGACGGAGCGCACGAAGCUGAAAUUCAUGACCGACGGUGUCCUGCUGAAGGAGAUUGAAGGCGACUUUCUGCUCAGCAAGUACUCGUGCAUCAUCCUGGACGAGGCGCACGAGAGAAGCGUGUACACGGACAUACUGAUGGGGCUACUGUCGCGCAUUGUACGGCUGCGCGAGAAACGUGGCAACAAUCCGCUUCGCGUGAUCAUCAUGUCCGCUACGUUGCGCGUGCAGGACUUCACGGAGAACAAGAAACUGUUCCUGGACACCCCACCGGUCAUCAGCAUCGAUUCCCGCCAGUACCCGGUAACGGUGCACUUCAACCGAACAACGCCGGCCGAUUAUCUGCGGGAGGCGUUAUUGAAAACGGUUAAAAUUCACACCAAGCUACCACCUGGCGGUAUACUGAUCUUUCUCACCGGACAGAAAGAGGUCAACACGAUGGUUCGUAAGUUGAGGAAACUAUUUCCGCUUCGCGAACGAAAGGACGAAGCUGCCGAGGCAGCUGUUGCGGAUGGAAAAGCAACGACCGUUGAUCAGGAUGAAUCGAAGGACGACGAAGAGCUUGAGUUCGACGAAGUUCCGGGGAAAAAAAGGACUCGCAAUAAAACGCUCGCGGCGGGUGGAAGGAGACGAAAUCGAGGCACCGUUACGUUACCAGUGCUGCCUCAGAUCAACCUGGACGCGUACGAUCUGCCCCAUGUGGAUGAUACCGAGGCGGAUCUCGCGGAAGAGAUGGAUUCUGAAAGCGAGCUAGACGAGGACGAUAUGGAAACGGAGAAUAUCGGUGCUGAGGAGCUUGAAAAGAGCAUUUCGGAGCUGCGAAAAACCGAUCCGCUGUGGGUGCUGCCACUCUACUCGAUGCUUUCGCCCGACAAACAGCAGCGAAUCUUCGAGACAAUUCCGGACGGAGCGCGGUUAUGCGUGGUGGCCACGAAUGUGGCCGAAACGUCGCUCACCAUUCCGGACAUCCGGUAUGUGGUGGACUGUGGUCGGCAAAAGACGAAGCUGUACGACAAGACAACCGGUGUGACGGCGUUUGUGGUGACGUACACCAGCAAAGCGUCGGCCAAUCAACGAGCAGGUCGUGCCGGUCGAGUGGCACCGGGUCACUGUUACCGGCUGUACUCGAGCGCAGUGUACAACGAUGAGUUUGUCGAAUUUGCCCCACCCGAGGUACAGCAAAAGCCCGUCGACGGAUUGGUGCUGCAGAUGAAGUGCAUGGGCAUCGACAAGGUGGCGAAUUUUCCGUUUCCAUCGCCACCCGAUCCGGUGCAGCUUCAUUUGGCCGAGCAGCGGCUGUUGCAACUCGGUGCCCUGGAGCAAGUAAUUAUGCGUGACGCAGCCGCCCGUAGCGGCAAGAUGCAGCAGAACCAGUUGAUAACGAGGGUGACGGAGCUGGGACGCACUAUGGCGGCCUUUCCGGUGGCACCUCGGUUUGGGAAGAUUUUAGCACUCAGCCACCAACACUCGCUGCUAUCGUACGCCAUCUGUAUCGUGGCGGCCCUUUCCGUGCAGGAGGUACUGGAAGAGGUGUCUCUUUCGGAGGAGACGGCGUGCGGCACCGAGAGUGGCAAACGCUGGCGCCAGAAGCGGAAGGCUUGGGCGGGCAUGGGUGAAUCGUUGCUGCUUGGUGACCCGAUGGUACUGCUAAAAGCGGUCGGGGCUGCCGAGCACGCCAACAGCAAGGGCUUGCUGGAGGAAUUUUGCGAGCAAAACGGCAUCCGGUUGAAGGCGAUCCGGGAAAUUCGAAAACUGCGCGUACAGCUCACGAACGAGGUGAACGCUAAUCUGCUAGAAAUGAACCUCUCCGUCGAUCCGGACAUGCCACCACCGUCGGAGGUUCAAACUCGGUUGCUCCGCCAGCUGUUACUCGUGGGAAUGGCGGAUCAAAUUGCCCGCAAGCUGCCCGAGAGUGGCAUCCAGCUAAAGGCGGACGCUCGACGAUUGAAACAUGCGUACAAUCUGCCCACGAUCGACGAGCCCGUGUUCCUGCACGCGAGUUCGGUGCUUCGUCGACAACAACCGGAGUGGAUCUGUUAUCAGGAGGCGUAUGAAGCAGUUGUGCCGACGGAUACUGGUGCGGAGGAUGGCGGAAAGUCGAAAAUGUUUCUCCGUGGCAUAACGGCGAUCGAACCCGAGUGGUUGCCCAAAUUUGUGCCAAGCGUGUGCAACAUAAUCGACGUGCAAGAGGAGCCGAUUGCGCCGGUGUAUAACGCGGAAAGUGAUACGAUCGAGUGCCACGUGAAGGCUACGAUCGGCAAGAAAAGUUGGGAGCUACCGUGCUCGCUGGUGGAAAUGCCCAAAACUAUGCUUCGAUGCAAAUAUCUACUGAAGUUUAUACUUUCGGGUAAUAUUUUCAAAGAACUGAAACAGUUCCGGAAGAUUCUCCUAUCGUCACCCGAAUCGGUAUUGAAGCAAUAUUCGGCGGCCGUACCACGAAUCGAUGCCGCCCUAAAGCUAAUGCUGGCGAACGAAGUCUUCUCCGCCCAGCGUUUGGGUGAGCUGUGGAAGUCCGAUUCGAAAUUUUUCCUCAACGAGUACAGGGACUUUUUGCCAGUGUCCUGCCACGAAGACGUUGGCAAUCUUUGGCCUCCCGCAAGCACACGGUAGGAGGACCCCCGUGUGGUUUUGGAUAUAGGUAUAUACGUUUGAAUAUACUAUUAA